AUCACUUACCCUUACCAACACCACCCACAUGACCGAAACCUCUGCACCUCUCCUGCCUCCUCAUCCACAUAAUCAGAGUUCAAAAGAAUGAGUCUCUUUACACCUCUCUUAUCUCAAUCUGCAAGCCACAACUUCUAGCACACUGAUGGGCUGGACUCUGCAUGUACUCCUGCUGGGCCUGCUACUGCCAGGGUUGCAGGCCUUUAAGCCUUUACUGGGAAACUCCAUCACCCACCAGAAGAUAACUGAGAUGGCCAUCCUGCGCAAAACCACAGAGGUCUGCCGAGCAUUGGCCAUCGCCGAGGGGAGAGAUUUCCCCAUUCCUACCGGUGGAAGACUGUCUGCAUCUAUAGUGCAGAGAGCCUGCUCACCCGGCUCUCUGUGGUCCACUGUCAAUUUCAAGGCCUCCAUCAUAACAAUGUACUUGAGCAAUGCAGCCGUGGAUAUCAUUUACCUUCUGAGUGAUCGGCACCACUUUGAUGGGGAGGAAUUCACGGACGGCCGGGCCCUCAUCACAGAUGGCAUGGCCAGCAUAAAGGCCAAUGUCCGGCAGGAGAAUUUUAUCUCAGCAAGAUUUACCCUGGGGAAGAUCUGCCACACCCUGCAGGAUUUUUACAGUCACAGUAACUGGAUUGAACUGGGAAAAAAGCAUCCAAACACCAACCUGAUCCGACCAGAUGAAAGCAUCGGAAACAUAGCAGAUAAAGACACCCGGACCUGCAGAAGCUGCAUUGGGGGAGACUGCAGGGACAACAUCCUGCCUGAAAUCAUCAGUGAAGGAAAAAUAACCUCUGGGUACUUCAAUAUAUUCUCAUCCUCAAAACCUGCAGGGAAGUGCAGUCAUGGAGGGUCAGCAGACCGUACUAGUCAGCGAGACCCAACUGGCGGGAUCAACAAGGAUAAUGAAGGAGCAGAUCAUGAACACCUGCAUCGUGCUGCUGCUGCCAUGGCUGAGAACGCCACUAUGGAGCUGCUGGAGGACAUUCGGAGCGCCAGCGGGGAGAGCAACUUCCUCCGGCUCAUGGGUAUCACUCGUUCCUCUGUGCUAUGUUUUGUGAUUGACACCACGGACGGCAUGGCUGAUGACAUUGUGGAGGCAAAGAGGGUGGCAUUUUCAAUCAUCGACAGUAAGAAAGGCACUGAGGAUGAGCCAUCCUCCUACAUCCUGGUGCCCUUCAAUGACCCAGGAUUUGGACCUCUGACUCGGACAAGAAACUCCAACAUCUUUAAGCAGAGGAUUAAUGCUCUAAGUGCAACUGGUGGGGGUGACGAGCCAGAGAUGAGUCUAUCAGGACUGCUGCUGGCUCUCAGCAGUGCCCCUGCAUCCUCUGAGAUUUUUGUGUUCACCGAUGCCUCGGCCAAAGAUGUUCACCUGAGGAGCACAGUCAUUGCUCUGAUUGAGAGCACCAAGUCAGUUGUGAACUUCUUGUUGACGAAUGCUCUCUCAGCUCGGCGUCGAAGGGACAGUAAUGGCAAUGUUAGCACCCGCAUGAGUCCCCUGGGGAAUCAGCUGUACCAGGAACUGUCCGAGGCAUCUGGGGGGCAGGCCAUAGUGGUCACCAAGGACACGCUGCCCCAAGCCACUGACAUCAUUGUGGACUCUUCCACCACAGGCCUGGUGACAGUUCUCCAGGUGGUGAGGAAUCCAGGAAGAACAGAUAAUUUCAGCUUUACAGUAGAUGCAUCCUUGAGGAACAUUACCACAUACCUCACUGGCAGCUCUCUCACCUUCAGUCUCAUCAGCCCGUCAGGUGUGUCUCAGAGCAGUUCUGCUUCAGACGGGCCCCUGGGUACAAUAAAGGUAGUAGGGAACCUGCACACGAUUUGCUUGGACACCCAAACAGGAUUAUGGGAAAUCAGAGUCACCUCAACACAACCAUACACUCUGAAGGUCACAGGGCGAAGCAACAUAGAUUUUGUCUACAACAUUGUAGAGGACCUUGAGGGGUCGGGGAGUGAUUUCACCUUGAAAGAGGGUCGUCUCCAAGCAGGUGGGAGUGGCACCUUGUUGCUGUCUGUGGUGGGUGGGGAUUCCCUCACAGUGACAGAGGUGUCCCUGGUGGAGGUAUCUGGUUUGAGGGUGGAAAACAGCACCUUGAAGCCAUUGGGGGAAGGGGAUUAUCUGGUCUCUGUGGAGAAGGUCCCGGAUGAAAGUUUUGUUAUUCUGUUGAAGGGGGUGGAUGGGAUGCUCCGGUCCCCCCAGAACAGCUUCCAGAGGCAGUCCAACACCCAGCUGAGGGCUUCCACCCUGACUCUCACAGCCUUGGCUAAUGGCACCAUGGAACCUGGGGUGCAAUUCACUGUUCCUUUCACUGUGUGGUCCAAUGGGACGGCGGGACAUUACACCAUCCGCUCCCGAGACGACAGGGGAUUCAUCACCUCUGCACCAUCCAGCCUGCCUUUGGAUAGCGGGGGAAGUGCUCAGGGGUCAGUACAGCUGGAGGCUCCUGGCAGUACACCCUCAGGCACAGACGUCACACUCACCAUUGAGGCUGAGUCCCCCAGUGGCGGCAACUCCAACUAUGUGGUGCUCCGCCUCACUGUCCUCAACCAGGUGACAGACUUCAGCCGACCUGUGUGCCAGGUAGAGAGCGUGAGCAGCAACUGCUCCAUGAACUGCAGUGAAUCGAGGUGGGAGCUUUCAGCUAACCUGACGGAUGGGAACGGGACAGGCAUCCAAACAGUGUCAUUGCGCGUGGGGGAUGGCACCCUUGACACCACCACCUCCCUGGGGGAGGGGGGCAUCAACAUCACCUUUGCAACAUACAAUGCCUCCUGCUGCUCGCCAAAUGUAGAGUUAGUGGCGGUGGAUGCCGUGGGCAAUGUGGGCACAUGCUUCCAUUCCAUCAGAGACUCUGGCAUCACUGUCCUCAACCAGGUGACAGACUUCAGCCGACCUGUGUGCCAGGUAGAGAGCGUGAGCAGCAGCUGCUCCGUGAACUGCAGUGAAUCGAGGUGGGAGCUUUCCGCCAGCCUGACGGACGGGAACGGGACAGGCAUCCAAACAGUGUCAUUGCGCUUGGGGGAUGGCACCCUUGACACCACCACCUCCCUGGGGGAGGGGGGCAUCAACAUCACCAUUGCAACAUACAAUGCCUCCUGCUGCUCGCCAAAUGUAGAGUUAGUGGCGGUGGAUGCCGUGGGCAACGUGGGCACAUGCUUCCAUUCCAUCAGAGCCACACCAACCCCUGCCCCCAGCAGUGCUACUGCCCUCAGGGUGCUGCUCCUCCUCAUGUCCACUGCCCUCCUGUCUGCCUUUCAGGCCUGAACCACACUCAGGAGCUCUAACAAUGAGGCUAGUAACCUGUGGGCACUCCUUAGAUAGCAACUUCUGCAUAGUUCAGCCAUUCAUAAACAAAUUAUCUUCAUAUCUUCUUUGCUUGGAAAUGAUUUGGGGUCAUCCUCCUUUAAGAAUACAUUAUGCUAGAACACACCAAUUAGUUGGUCAGCCAUAUUGAAUGUUGUAGCUUGUGGCAUUGCUGUGAUGUCUGUUAAGAGGGCAUUAUGAUUAGGCAGAUGAAUAGUAUCACAAAUUAAAACUUUCAUGUUUCAUGUGCAAGAUUUUUUUAACAAGACAUGAGAUCGUAUUUGUUUAUUAAUAUGCAACUUAAUUGUGCAAAUAAAUUACGGCCUUUAGACCACACUCCACUACAUUGUACUCCCUCUGACUGGACUCCCCCAUGUCAAUAAUUGUACAUUAUAUCAAUAUACUUCAAUAAAAGAAUCUCCACUUCA